CCCAGUUCGGGAGUAGAUCCUCGCAGUUGGUGACUCGAAUAAUCUGCAGCAGCACAACAAGUACAAUUGUUUAAAAGUACAACCACAAUAAGAAUGGAGAUAGCUUUGCGAUUUAUUGCGUUGUCUGCGUUGUUUUUAGUCAAUUAUURUGCACUAUCAGCGGCGGCACCAGCAACUAGUUCGACUAAACCCAAAACGUAUCUGGUGAGACACGAAGGCGUCUCGGAUGCAAAAAGUCAGUUUAUGCUAGCUUAUACGCUCUACGAUGGAACGACUCAGACGAAAAAAGGAACGCUGGCACAGAACGACGAUGGAACCGGUUUCGUGUUGAACCAAGAGGGGUCGUAUUCGUUUUUCACCCCUGAAGGCUUCAACAUGAAAAUACCGCACAACGCGAACAAGAACGGUUUCAUAAUGAAGAGUUAUGUUCUAUAACAGCGGUUCUCAAUAUUUUUAUAUCCAAGUACCACCUAUAUACUACAGUUUAAAAAUGUCUAUAAUCAUCACUUCACUAAAUAACGUUUUUUUUUUUGCUUACCAAAAAUGUGUACA